UAUUAAAACUCCCCUCACUGCUCCAUCCUCUCUGACACUUGUUGCUGCUGCCUGCUCAGAGAGAGAGAGAGGGAGAGAGAGCGAGAGAGAGAGAGAGAGAGAGGGAGAGGACACCUGAACCGAUCAGCUCUUCCUUUUGGGAUUUCCCGCGGGGAGUGAUGAACUCCAUCGACCCCCAGUCCCAUCACCAGCACCACCAGCAGCACACCUCCCCUACCGUCGGCUCUCUCCCACCUAAAGGCGCCCAGGAGGCCCCGGACAUGGCUGCUGUGUACUGCGACAACUUCAGCAGCAUGUACCACCAGCAGAGUCUGCAGGGCGCGCAGAGACCCGCAGGGUACGGCAUCGGGGAUUACGCGUCGUCUCCAAACCCGUACCUGUGGCUCAACGGGCCGGGAGUCAACUCCUCCGCGUCCUACCUGCACGGAAACAACCCGGCCUCCUUCAUCCCGCCCUCCUACGGCUCCCAGAGGCAGUUCAUUACGAACUCACCUGGUUUUGGAGGGCCAGACCUGGGCUGGCUGUCCAUCGCCAGUCAGGAGGAGCUCCUGAAGCUGGUCCGGCCGCCCUACUCCUACUCUGCGCUCAUCGCCAUGGCCAUCCAGAACGCGCAUGAGAAGAAGCUGACCCUGAGCCAGAUCUAUCAGUAUGUGGCAGACAAUUUCCCCUUUUAUAAGAAGAGCAAAGCCGGCUGGCAGAACUCGAUCCGGCACAACUUGUCACUAAACGACUGCUUCAAGAAAGUGCCGAGGGACGAGGACGAUCCAGGAAAAGGGAACUACUGGACGUUGGACCCGAACUGUGAGAAGAUGUUUGACAACGGGAACUUCCGCAGGAAAAGAAAAAGGCGAUCAGACCCGAGCAGCUCAGGAGGAGCAGCAGCGGUCGGAGCAUCAGGGGCCACAAAAGUGGAGGACGGCAGGUCAGCGUUAGGGGCCUCACUGAAGCCCGCGGACAGCCCUCAGCUGCUGGGGCCGUCCUCGCCGGAGAUGGAGCCCAUGAACGAGAACCACAAGACCUCCUCGUCAUCCUCGCCCCCCGGACUGUCCUCGAGCGCUCCCUGUUUUAAUAACUUUUACAGCAGCAUGUCCACGCUCAGCUCGGGGGGCCCCAGUCGUCAGGGGUCUCUGGGACUGGUGAACGAGCUGUCGAAUAGGAACAUUACGGCCCUGAGCCCGUACCACCUGAACCACGGCGGGCAGGACACGGGGGCCGCAGAGCACGGCGAGGGCCUGCAUUUUAACCGUGGAGUGUACUACAACACGUUUGGCGGCGGGCAGAGCGGACAGUUCAACGGUCACUUCUACAACAGCUUCAGCGUCAACAGCCUGAUUUACCCACGGGAAGGGAGCGAGCUAUAGGAGCUGAUUCAUCGCAGCAUCACACGGUUUUAAGAGACCAGAACACUGACUUCUUUUCAGAGAGGAAACCUGGUGCAUGCUGGGUAGCUUCUCUGCAUCACAAACACAAAUAUCCCGUCAUGAGUCAGUUCACUGGAGAGAUCAGAAAGUUCAUUGACGAGCACUCGAACUGUGGAAACACCAGCCUGAAACAAAAACGAGCACUUAUAUAUAUUUUUUGAAACUACUCCUUUAAAGCUUCUUCUUUGCUCUUCAUGCUAAAAAAAAAAAAAAACACAUGCAAAGUCAGAACCACUGAACACUUGUGUCUUGUGUAAUAUUUUUAACCCCUGCUCUAGACAUCCUCUCCUCUUGUGGUGGAAACCCACUCGGACAUGUUUGAUAUGUAAAUGUACGUUUGAUAUUUUUGCCAGUUUUUGCCAAAUCUAGCCCAAAAUUCUAGUUGAUGAAAUGUCCAAUCAGCUUAAGUCUGCCAAAGUUGCCUUUGUGAGACCGCCGUUACCUCAAAGAGACAAUCACGAUGAUGAAGAGUCCUGUGAAUUCACACAGGCUCCAAAUGCAGUAACAAUUGAUUUAAUACAAAUAUAACCCGCUUGCCUUAUUUUUAUACCCUCCAUGUUGACUGAAACGACAGCACUGCAGCUCUUGUAAAUACACGUGGACUCUGAAAAGUUUGUAUUUUUGUAAAUUAUAAAGAUAGUUUGUGAUUAUUUAUGCUAUUUAUGCUAAUAGGCAUUGUUUUCUACUGUUGUCUGAACGUAGUUUGAUUCAAGCAGAGGUGAAUAUUAGCUGACAGAACGCGCUGAAAACAGUAUCACUGAAACACAGAUGUCAUAAAUCUAUAAAUAUAUAUAUUAAAACUAUAUAUGCUAUAUCAUGGUUUCUCUCAGGAUUCAGUGUGACAAUCAUUGAACGGCUUUUGUAUCUAUUU